ACUGAUUAAUAAACGCAUCCUCAAUCCUCUGGCUGGGUGAGUCAGGAGCGCCGCGGCGUUAAGGACGGAUGAGAAAUCGCCGAAUCAAUUCGAUAGUUUUGCUGAAGGGAGGCAGUGCAGUUCUGCAUGUAUAGACCAUGACGUGCGGGCGAGCCGGCGCUGCCCGUUGCGCUGAAGUGCAAGCCGCCUCGUACGGAACCGCAGCCGAACACUCACGGCGCGCAGAGUCCGCCUCGCUGCACGAACGGCUGUUGUUGUUCGCGCCCCGCCCUUUCUGAAAACGCAGCCGGCGAGCUCAGUCCGAGGAAUCUGCGGACGACUGUGGUUCGAGUUCUUCUCGCCGUCAUGUGCGAGCGGAUGUGCCCGGAUUCCCGAAGGAAGGAGCGGCAUUAUUUUGUGACCGUUACAAGAUUUUCUUCCCGUCGAAGGCUUUAAACUUUUGCAGUUCUACGCCUUUUUAUUUCCCACUCCCCGCAUUUUGCUGGGACGAUAGGAGGACCACUCGGAUCUCCGAGCUAAAUGUCUGCAGUAUUCCCAAGUCUUGAGUCUUUGACUUGAAGAUUGCGGUGAAGGAGUAUUAAUCCCGUUUGUUACGACGUAAGGCAACUUUUUUUUUCUACUGGAUUGCCAAAGAAGAUUUGUGGAUUUUGCAAAUCAUUUCUGCUAGAAAUUUAAAAUGCAAGCCAAACACGGGUACAGAUUUCGCUUCACCCAAGAAAAGACGCUGUUGUACGAGGAGCACCGUUACUGACCAUCUACUUCAUGAAUUCAUUUGUGUUAAAUAUUUCUUUUUAUAAAUACGUGUGUAUUUUUGCAGGGGUGGCGACGACUUACAAAACCAGGGAUGUGUUCCGUUUUCUCUUAUCUGUCAACAAUGUCGCGUAAAGUUUCCAGUCAUAUAAUGAGUCUGAGCAAUACGGGAGUGCCAAACCUGGACUAAUUCCUAAUUAAUACUUUUUUUUUUUUUUUGUUAACUGAUGUUGUUUUUUGCCCCCCGUGGAAGUCUGCGUGGAAGGAUGGCUCUUCUUGUUCAAGUAGCUUCUGUCCUCCUUUUAGCGCUCCCUGCAAUGGUCACUUCAGCAGCCAUCAAUCACGAAGACUACCCGGCUGACGAGGGCGACCAGACCGCCAAUAAUGACAACCUCAUCUUUGAUGACUAUCGAGGCAAAGGCUGUGUGGACGACAGCGGCUUCGUCUACAAACUCGGGGAGCGGUUCUUUCCUGGCCACUCCAACUGCCCCUGUGUCUGCACCGAGGACGGGCCUGUCUGCGACCAACCGGAGUGCCCCAAAAUCCACCCCAAGUGUACCAAAGUGGAGCACAACGGCUGCUGCCCCGAAUGCAAGGAAGUUAAAAACUUCUGUGAAUACCGCGGCAAAACCUAUAAGAUACUCGAGGAAUUCAAGCCCUCCCCGUGCGAGUGGUGUCGCUGUGAACCGAACAACGAAGUCCACUGUGUGGUCGCCGACUGUGCCGUGCCGGAGUGCGUCAACCCCGUCUAUGAGCCUGAGCAGUGCUGUCCUGUCUGCAAGAACGGUCCAAAUUGCUUUGCAGGAACAACUAUAAUCCCAGCUGGCAUUGAAGUCAAGGUGGACGAGUGUAACAUUUGUCACUGUCACAAUGGCGACUGGUGGAAGCCGGCACAGUGCUCGAAGCGCGAGUGCCAAAUCAAACAGACUUCAUAGAUGCAUAAAGGGAGAAGACGGACACGGCGGUGUAAUCUACAGGAGACCGACGGCGAGGAACACCUACCUACCUGCCUGCCUGCCUGAUGCGGCAGAGCAAAACCUCCUCGUCAAGCUGACUGAUGAACGUGGGAAUCAACUGCUCACGUUUUUUGUUAAGAGACAAAAAGAAAAUAACGUUAGACCUUUUGGAUCACUGCAGCUGCUUACGAGUACACAGGUAGCAUUCCUAAUUUUAAAUGUUUAUAUAAAGCAGCUUGUUCCGGUCUUUUCCUUUUUGCCCCCCACUCCCCACUUUUGAAACUGCUUUUCCAGAAGAGUGACAAAAAGGGUCGUAACGCUGUACCUGGAGAUUGAACGACGAGUUUGAAAAUGUGGGCUUCCGGGUUACACGACUUGCAGACACGCCUGCUGGAAUAUUGAGCAUGGACUUUAAUAAAGGCAGACGUCUGCGAAAAUGACGCUAGGCAGAAGCCGAUGGAGCAACAGCGGGGGAACCUGGAGCAGCACGAGGCUGGACGGUCAGGUGGGUUUGGGGGUCCCAAAUUUGAUCUUUGAAGUGAGAGGGGCUGCCGUCCCCAAAACAUCUGAGCCGAGGUGGCCCAGCCGCUCGGCACCCCAAAAAAGCACAUCCAACAACUGGCAGGACUUCGUCAUGGGACGCUUGAGGGUCAUCAUGGCCUGAGUCAAUCCUAAAUAUCUGGUGAUGUUUGUAUAAUGUUGAAUAUGUGGGGGAAUAUUUGCACCUUGCAAAAUUAUAAAUAUAUAUAUUUUUUUAAACCGUGUCGGUAAGAUGAAAAUCCCAUUUAGUUAAUUUAAUUAAUUAAAAGCUCCAGCAUAAA